UGUGCCUGCCUGCGGCUGUCUGGCCCCUGGCACACAGAUGCCUCCCUGGCUGGGGAGAGACAAGCAGGCGGGCGAGGCCUGGGCGCGGUUUGCAAGGGGGCCCUGGGGUGAGUUCGUGGAAAGCAGAGCCCCCGAGUAAAGGCGGAGCGAGCCGGCAAGGGAGGAGCUGGGGCUGCCCGGGGUAGAAUUGGGACCUCCAAAUAAUUGUUUUUUGCAGGUCCAAGAAAGGCUGCUGCUGGCUGAGCCCCAGUGUGGUUAUUUUUGUGGGGGGAGGAGAAGAAGUUGGGGUGUGUGUCUGCGUUCAGGGGACGAGCAUGGGUGUGUUGGUGGAGCACUAGCAAGAAAGAGGCGUGCGCCAAGGAGCGAAGGUGUGAGCGCUCGGAAGGGGGAAGAGGCCAGGUGAGGAACGGUAAAAGUGGUUUGCGCGCGUGUGACAGAAAGAGCGUGGCAAAGAGCGCAGGCUGCGGGGUGAGGGAGGGGAGAGUUUUCAGGGGUUAGAUGCAGGGUGGCGAGGCGUGUGUGUGAGAGAGAGGGAGAGAGGUGUGAGGGCUGCGUGUGGAGCAAGCGGCUUCACCUUUUGCAAACGUCCCAGAACACUGCAGGCCCACCUGGAACACACCUGGGGACUUGCGCCUGUGCAUCCAGGCAUACCCAGCAUCCGGCUCCACCCUCCACGGCACUCUGGAGCAGCUGGUGGUCUCGAAGAAGCCGGGUUGACAACCCAGGAAGGAGAUGACUGCGCCCCCCAUGGGGCCAGGGGGGUCCGUCCUGGCCUAGGCCCCAACGCCUCUAGCCAGCCAUCACUGGAUGCGGCUGGGGGCGCAGCAGCCGCUGGGGUGGCCCUCGACCCCCCUCUGCUACCCACCAUGGCAGCCGAGGUGCGACUGAAGAAGUUAGAGGAGCUGGCUUUGGACCGGAGUGUCGUCGGCCUGGAGACGUUGGUGGAUCUCCUCCUCUGCGUGCACCACGAACUGAGCACUUCCCCUCUGGCCCAAGAGAAAUACAUCAUGGAGUUCUUGCAAUGGGCGGAACCAGUGACCUCUAGGCUGAAAGAGCUUCAGUUGCAACGAGAGGAUUUUGAGAUCCUGAAAGUAAUCGGCAGAGGAGCUUUCAGCGAGGUAGCCGUGGUGAAGAUGAAGAGGACUUCUCAGGUGUAUGCUAUGAAAAUAAUGAACAAAUGGGAUAUGCUGAAACGGGGCGAGGUUUCCUGUUUCCGGGAAGAGCGGGACGUCUUGGUGAAUGGAGACAAGCAAUGGAUCACACAGCUGCAUUUUGCUUUUCAGGAUGACAACUACCUGUAUCUGGUGAUGGACUACUAUGUUGGGGGCGACCUCUUGACGCUGCUGAGCAAAUUUGGGGACCGCAUCCCUGUGGAGAUGGCUCGAUUCUACUUGGCUGAGAUGGUGAUGGCCAUAGAUUCCAUACACCGCAUGGGCUACGUGCACAGAGACAUUAAACCGGACAACAUCCUACUUGACCGAUGCGGACACAUCCGCCUGGCAGACUUCGGCUCCUGUCUCAAACUCCGCGAAGAUGGAACGGUUUGCUCGACCAUAGCCGUGGGUACCCCGGAUUACCUCUCCCCUGAGAUCUUGCAGGCGGUUGAAGAUGGAGCUCAUUCCUACGGCACAGAAUGUGACUGGUGGUCCCUGGGGGUGUUUGCCUACGAAAUGUUCUUCGGUCACACGCCUUUCUUUGCUGACUCGGUUGUGGAAACUUACGGCAAGAUCAUCCAUUUCAAAGAGCAUUUCCAGUUUCCACUGUCUGUACCGGAUGUCCCACAGGAAGCCCAGGCUUUAAUCGAAGGGCUGAUCUGUCCUCGAGAGGCGCGGCUGGGGCGGAACGGGAUACGGGACUUCCACGAACACCCUUUUUUUGCUGGCGUGGACUGGGAAAGCCUGCGGGGCUGCAUGCCCCCCUUUGUGCCUGAAUUUGCCAAUGCCACGGACACGUGCAACUUUGACGUGGUGGACGAUUGUCUCACUGAUAUGGAAACCCUGUCGGAUGUGAUGGAGAGCUCUCCGCUCGGGGUGCACCUGCCCUUCGUGGGAUAUUCCUACACCUACACAGCAGUGAAACAGAAUGAGCCAGGGGAGAGGAGCUGUGGCGACAUCAGCAUGGAGAUUGACUGCACCAGGACGACCCCGUCGGGGGGGCAGACCCCCAAACACCCCCCGGAGCAUCUGGAGUGCAAACUGCCAGAUGGGCAGAAGCUGGAUCUCGCCACCUUUCUGGAGCUGCAGGCGGCGCUUGAGGAAGAGCUGAGGAGCCGGGAGAGGCUGUGUCAAGAGCUCAGCGUGGUCAAGGUGGCCAACCAGACCUUUGCCAGCCAACUAAAGGAAGCUGAGAGCCGAAACUUGGAACUGGAAGCGCAGAUCAAACGUUUGGAGGAGCAGAUAGAAGGGAUGAAAACAGCAACAGAGGAAGCUGCUCUGGGGUGGAGCCCUCGUCCCCACCCUUUCUUGUGCUGCGUGGAGCGCCCCGCUGACGCGGCACCAUGGCAUCUCGGCUCUGUGAAUACCCGCUUGUGGUACCUCUGUACCGGCACUUGCUACUCUUUUCCAGGGUACAUAGGCCCUGCAUUGUCAAGGUGGGAUACCUGCUCCUGUGCACCGGUGGGUUUGUACUGGAGGCCUCCACUCGGAGCUUGGUGGACGUGGUUUGAAAGGACUCGGGCGAUGCCACAGGGCUCGCCUGCCACCUGCAGCCUCCACGGCUGCCGUUUUAGAUGCAGCUCUGCUGGCUGCCUCAGGCAUCGUGGGAUCAGAGGUGGGAGACUAAGAUCUCGGCGCCAUGGAGCUGGAGGGGAGCGACUCGCCCCAGAGGCUGACUGAGCGGCUAGGCCUGCCCUCUGCUUGCCCACCCGCCAGCGGGCCUAUCCUCAGGCUUCCUCCUUUCCACUUUGUUUCCUUGCUUUGUAUGGGGGUGCCACUGCCCCCCUUCACCGCAUCCACCAGCUCUUAUUCAUGGUUAGCUAAACGGACCCAGUGGAAGAAUUUUUGGAGGGGUGUGUGUGUGUGUGUGUGUGACCUUUUGCUGGAGCUGGCAAGAGAAUCCUGCAGGGACCCCGAGAAGAUCUGCCCUGUCGUCUCAUUCCCCCUUUGCCCGUAGACUGUUCCCUGCCUAGCUUUGAGGGCAAAAGACCCCACCCUCCAUCCCUCUUCAACCCCUAGGUGGGCUUAUCCUCUGUAAGCCUGAGCCAAGAGUCCUGGCUGCUAAAUCCCUCCCAGAUCAGGAAAGACAAGCUUCACUUGUGACCCCCCAACUUCACAACCAACCAACCAACACCCCCCCCCCCCCGCCUUAAAACCAGGAGGAAUGAAUAUGCUGGCGGCACCUGAGCAUGCGGGAACUUCCCAGUUGGCCCCUGCUGCUUUAAGAGGCAGAGGCCGACACUCCGAGGGCUGACUUUGACCCGCCUCUCGUUUUUAGCAGAGGACAGUUUCUGGUACUGCGUGCCCCAUCUCUGCAUGGAGAGUAGGCAGGAAGAAGGAACCUCUGCAGAGACCGGCCCCCCCAUGCCCCGAAAUGACUGUUGCCCUGCCUUUCUCUCGGGUGUGCUGUAAUAAAGCACACUAGCAGGGCAGUCAACAGGAAAGGGCUGCACCCCCCACUGCCACCACCCUUCAUCGCCGGCCGUCUCCCAGGAGCCCCACAAAGUGUAGCUGCUACUCAAGGAGCUUCCAGCUCAGAAAGGCAGGCAGGGAGCCUGCGGGGAUAUAACCUGUGCAGGGCUGUAGUUCCCCUUCCCCCAGGAUGAAUGGAAGACUCUGCCCUGGAUAUGGAUGGAGGGGGCUGUGGCCAUGGGAUUGGGGGGGGGACCCUGGCCUCGAUCUUCUCCAAGACCCAGGGCUCAGCCCCUUUGGUGCCCAUGCUGCUCUCGUGCUGCCAUGGUUGGCUUUCACCUGCACCUCCAGUCAGCAGCAGCAGCAGCAGCACCGGCCCUUUGUUGCUCUAUACCGCAACACAAGCAAGGUGGUUGUAACUUAUUUGGAAUUGUGGUGGUUAGUCUUCAGAGGAUCUUAUUGCGCCCCCCCCCCCUUGAGCUGGAGGUGCUUCACCCCCCUCCCUUCCAAACCUUGAACAAAAUGAGGGGCAUGUAGGGAUUUUCCUACAAAGGGGCACACACAGAACAAGACGUCGCUUGAGGGGAAAUAAUAGCGCUAGUUUUGAGGUUUUGCACUACGCUCCCUUUGUCUCCCUCCACCCCCCCACACUGUAUUUAUUAUUCCCCUCCUCCCCCUUUUGUGGGUUGGCUGCAUGAGAACACUGUACAUUUCAUAACAAUGUGAUUUUGGGAUGCUCCCUUGUUAGAUGAAAUAAAAGAUGAAUAUUCUCUACUGCACUGAA